AUGAAGGUUUUCUCCUCUGGAUGCACUUUCGACUACUCGUGGGAUGAGGUGUCCACAGCAAAUUGGCGCAAAUACUGUCCCUGGAACGACAAGUCUACCCACGUCGUGGGAGUUGACACACUCUCUCGAUCGGUUGACCCGAGCACUGGCAUUUUGCGAACCGAACGUCUUAUCACGUGCAACCAGUCUGUACCACAAUGGGUUCUCACUUUGCUUGGUGGAACUACUACAUCCCACGUUUACGAAAUCUCCUAUGUCGACCCCGUCGCGAAGAAAGUUACCAUGUGCUCGACGAACCUCACAUGGUCGAAUGUCCUCAGCGUCCGCGAAACUGUCACCUACCGUCAAUCCUCCCUCAGCCCGACCACCACUACUGAUUUCACCCAAGAAGCAAAAAUCACUGCUCUUUGUGGUGGAUGGCAGAAGAUCAAAAACAAGGUUGAGGACGCGAGUGUGGAACGAUUCCGUGAAAACGCCAAAGUUGGCCGCGAAGGCUUCGAGGCUGUCCUCGAAAUGAGCCGUCGCGUAUUCGGUGAACAACGUGACCUCGAAAAGCAACGAAUGCAGGCAUAA